UUUGUUGUAUCAUGUAUGAGUCCUUUCAUCAAAAGAUUCAAUCCGCACCCCGCCCCUUUCAAUCUCCUUGCUAGAUUUCCCGCCACAAUAUUACUCCACCAACACCAACACCAACACCAACAGUCUGUAUUAUUAGGAACUAGUUCCACCUUAAACCCCACAUACAAAAUGUCUUCCUCUAAACCCAUCACUGACUUUUUCCCGCCAUCUAAGCGCUCUAAAGUCGUAGCGUCAGCAGCACCGUCGUCCUUCGAACCUUCUUUCAAAAGAAGCUCCGUUUCGGUUCUCCAAAAACCCACAACCACCGUCGCCGCUGCUGCAUCUACCCCACCGGAAUCGAUCGAUGAUGAUGAUGGACCGGCCAAAGUUUCGAGUCUCACGGCGGAACAGAAACUUAGGGUUCAGUUAAAUCAGUCGCUAGCUAAGGCUAAACGUAAUCUCAGAGUAUGUGCGGAAAGAGUCCAGAAGUCAACUCCAGGUAACGGGUUAGGGACGUUGAAACUUGAAGAACUGUUAGUCGAAGAAACAUGGUUGGAAGCCAUUCCUGGAGAGUUUCAGAAACCUUAUGCCAAUAAACUGAGUGAAUUUGUUGAGAGUGAAAUACAAAGCUCUAUACCAAUUUACCCUCCACAACAUUUAAUCUUUAACGCUUUGAAUUCGACCCCAUUUGACCAGGUCAAAGCUGUCAUCAUCGGUCAGGAUCCGUAUCAUGGACCGGGUCAAGCUAUGGGCCUUUCGUUCUCUGUUCCACAAGGAAUAAAACUACCUUCAAGUUUGCUAAACAUAUAUAAAGAGCUUCAACAGGAUUUAGGAUGUUCAAUUCCGUUGCAUGGGAAUUUGGAACGAUGGGCCGUACAGGGCGUUUUGUUGCUCAAUGCUGUUCUUACCGUUCGGAAGCAUCAAGCAAAUUCUCAUGCGAAGAAAGGAUGGGAACAAUUCACCGAUUCUGUAAUAGAGACGAUUUCUGCAAAGAAAACGGGGAUUGUUUUCCUUCUUUGGGGAAACUAUGCACAAGCAAAAUCUAGGUUAAUUGAUGAAAACAAGCACCAUAUUCUUAAGGCUGCACACCCUUCUGGUUUAUCUGCUCAUAGGGGCUUCUUUGGCUGCAGGCAUUUUUCUCGAACCAAUCGGAUUUUGGAGGAAGCAAAGACGACUCCUAUUGACUGGCAACUCUGAUUCGAACGUUAAUCAUUGUCACAGGGUAGGUUUAACGUGACGAAUUUAAUAGGUUCGACUCGUGUGUUAGCACAUGAUAGCAGUCUUUAAAAGAAAAUUUUGUGAUUUUGGUCUCAUUAAUCAAAGUGUUCUUUUGUGGUGUGGUUAAAUUUAAAUCUUCUUAUCUGCUCA